AGUAGCAGCAGCAUUUAUUAGCAACCAAACCUGAUCAAGAGCUCCCCACUUAACCCUCGUCGUAGUGUAUGCGUAGCUGAGGUGAACCGUGUAGGCGGUUAUUGGGAAAUAUUCUUCUGUCAACGGUAGUGCCAAGAAAGCAGUCAAAAUUCACCGGCUAACAAUGGGCAGUCCAUACUAUAGAGACAUGGAUGAGCCAACAAGUCCAGCCGGUGCGGGCCACCAUCGGAGCCGAAGCGCCAGCAGACCACCGAUGUCACAUGCCAUGGAUUAUCCAAGAACACGCUAUCAGUCGCUGGAUCGCGGUGGUUUGGUGGAUCCGCAUGAUCGGGAAUUCAUACCUAUACGUGAGCCACGCGAUCGCUCACGUGAUAGAUCGCUCGAGAGGGGAUUGUAUCUGGAGGAUGAGCUGUAUGGACGAUCGGCGCGACAAAGUCCCAAUCCUAUAGGCUACCAAACGGGCUUACCAUCAUCGGAUCGAGCGUAUCUGGGUGAUUUGCAACAUCAGAAUACAGAUUUGCAGCGCGAAUUGGGUCAGCUGAAGCGUGAAUUGGAGCUGACAAAUCAAAAAUUGGGCAGCUCAAUGCAUAGCAUAAAAACGUUUUGGUCGCCGGAGUUGAAGAAGGAGCGUGCGUUAAGGAAGGAGGAGAGCGCCAAAUAUAGUUUGAUCAAUGAUCAGCUAAAGUUGCUGAGCACAGAGAAUCAAAAACAAGCAAUGUUGGUGCGGCAAUUGGAGGAGGAGUUACGCAUGCGCAUGCGGCAGCCGAAUAUUGAAAUGCAACAACAAAUGGAGGCAUUGUAUGCGGAAAAUGAUCACUUACAGCGCGAAAUAAGUAUAUUACGCGAAACAAUUAAAGAUCUGGAGUGUCGCGUAGAAACACAAAAACAAACGCUUAUUGCACGCGACGAAAGCAUCAAGAAAUUGUUGGAAAUGUUGCAAACUAAGGGAAUGGGUAAAGAAGAGGAGCGACAAAUGUUCCAGCAAAUGCAAGCCAUGGCCCAAAAACAGAUGUACGGCCUCUACGGUCCGACCGGAAGUCCGCCGCUACCCGACAUAAUCGGCCAGUAUUACGCGCCUGCCGGUUAUGGUCUCGGUGUUGGCCCGCCACCACCACAGAGCGCAUACGACAUGUUCGGCCCCUCCGGCUCGGCUGGUUAUUUGUACGAUCCCACAGCCACCACCACAGCUGGCAUUUACGGUCAACAUCCAUCGCCGAUACGUCGUCGUCGUUAUAGCAUUGCUGGCCUGCCAUCAGCAUCGAUGUUGAACGACUACUAUGGCCUGUAUCAGCCGCAGAUGCAUCAAUCCUCCUCUUCGAAUAUAGUGAAUCUGUUGAAUGAGGCGCACAAGUCCAUUUCACGCUCCUCCCAAAUACUAAAUCAACAUGCGCGCAUGCAACAGGCCACCCAACCGGUUACACCGCUCUCCAGCUAUCCCGGUCGUAUCAUUUCAAGUUAUCCGACAUUGCAUCCGGGCGAUACAUCGCCACCAUACCUCAGCGAUAAUCUGAUGCAGAUGUCGUCGAGUUUCUCAUCACAGCCGAAUAUGUACUUCCAGCAGUAUGCACCCACGUCGGCGGCGGCUACGGCGGCAGCGGCCCAACAGCAAUCGGCAGCAGCAGCAGCAGCGGCGGCGGCGGCGGCAGCAGUAGCAGCACAACAAGCGGCCACCGGUGGCCAUUUGGGCGGCGGACGGCUAUUGCGGCCCGCUUACUCAGUGUCAAAUUUAAAUUACUUGAACUAUCCGAGCAAAUACACUUCAGGUGGUGUUAGUGGUAUUGGUGGUAGUAGUAGUUAUGCGAAUCCAUUCUCUCAGUCCAUAUUCAGUCAAAAUGAUAUGCCAUACAGUAUGAGUACGUUGCUACAGCAACGCAAUCUAAUGCCAUCGCUGCACGCCUCCAAUCCGGCAAUUUCGCAGUACUAUCAGUACGCCGCACAGGCACCGCAGCCACAGGCAACGCAUCAGCAUCCGCUUGCCUAUAAUCUGCAACAGCAAUUUGCGGGCACACAACAUUAUGCACACCAGCUGCCGCUCGGCGCCCAGCACCCGUCGGCGCACAUCCACCACUCGGUGCAGCAGCAGCUGAAUCCGAUGCAUCAAUACCACGUGCACCAGCAGCAGCAUCAUAUGCAAACCCAUCCGUUGGCGGCGUUGCGUGAAACUAGUGGACCGUUUGCGGCCACACUUACCAGCAGCGCGCUUGACGAUGCGGCGCUGACUGGGCGCGGUGGCCUAAGUGCAGGCGGUGGCGUUGGUGGCGUUGGCGGUGUGGCGACUGGUGCGUCGGGCGUGGCAGCUGCGUCGUCGGCAUAUGAUAGUAUGCAUACUUUGCCGUCAUAUCAUCAUCAUCAACAACAACAACAACAGCAACAACAACCCCAUUAA